AUGGAUUAUAGUGUCGUCCACGCACCUGGUCCUUAUACUAUACGGAUCCAAGGUCAAACCCACCACAGAAUUGGCUCGCUCAUACCGCGACAAGGCUGUCUCCCAGAAUAUCUCCAGCUUUACAUAUUUGACACGGCCAACGAACUCAAAAACCGCCUAAACGCGAUGGGGCAAACCUCAACAGAAGGUAAUCUUGAUGAGUCAACGUUAGCCCUCCUCAUCGAGAUGAUUGACGAGAACAAUUGUCUAGCAAAGGUCUUUCGUCGUGCACGAGACCACUACGAAAGCGUCGGGUCAGAGUUUACUAUUAGGUUAGUCCAAGAUAAAGGGAAGGGUAAAGAAUACGAUCUUCCAACUACAAGCGAGGUGGCAGGUCUUAUCGUGGGGGAUAUGACAUCAACAAUUGGAGAACGAGAUAUAGUGGUUCAGUUUCAAUCUGACACUUUACAGCAGAUACGUGACGAUCACCCUCUAUAUAUGAGCCUCCAAUACCCUCUUUUGUUUCCGUAUGGUGAAUAUGGAUUUCACCCAGAAAUUCCUCUGCAUCUUGAGACAGGCACUUCAAGAACAAGGCAAUUCGUGACCAUCCGUCAAUACUACGCUUCUCUAAUCCAAACACGUCCUAACCAAGGAAUGACGUUGAUUAAAGGCGGUCGUCUCCUUCAUCAAUUUAUUGUGGACGUCUAUACAGCGAUUGAAGAAGACCGACUGAGGUGGGCGAGAAAUAACCAAGAAAUCUUGCGGGCUGAGCUCUACAGCAAUGUCCUUGAUGCUGUAAGCAAAGGCGACACUGAUGCUAAAAUUAUUGGCCAGAGAUUUAUACUCCCGCCAAGUUUCACCGGAGGCCCCCGGUACUUAGUUGAGAAAUACCACGAUGCUAUGGCUAUUUGCAGAGAAUUCGGCAAUCCAGAAUUGUUUAUCACGAUGACGGCCAAUCCCAACUGGAGCGAGAUUAAAGAACAUCUUCAGAAAUACGGUGGAGAUUCCCCUAAUGAUAGACCAGACAUUGAAUGUCGGGUUUUUAAGAUGAAGCUAGAUCAACUGCUCAAGGAUUUCAAAGCAGGAACCUUUUUCAAGCCAUACAAGGCAGCUCUCCACCGAAUAGAAUUUCAAAAAAGAGGCCUCCCUCAUGCACAUAUAUUACUGUGGUUAGGAAACUCUACCAGAACACCGAGUGCAGAGGAAGUGGAUGAAAUAAUUUCAGCCGAGCUCCCCAACAAAGAUGAAGACCCAGUUGCUUACGACUUAGUCAUAAAACACAUGAUCCACGGUCCAUGUGGGCUAUUCAAUCCGAAGUCACCAUGUAUGGAAAACAAUGUGUGCACGAAAAAGUAUCCUCGGCCGAAUAACGAUAACACUUCCAUUGACAAAUCCGGGUAUGUGUUAUAUCGUCAACGCCGAACCGAUGAUACGUGUACACUAAAGGCUGGAGCUGUACUAGACAACACUUACGUCGUACCUCAUAACAUUAAGCUUCUGAAGAAGUAUGAAGCUCAUAUUAAUGUUGAAUGGUGUAAUCGGACAAGUGCGGUGAAAUACUUAUUCAAGUACAUAACCAAGGGCGUUGACCGAGCAACCGCUGUUAUUGAGAAAGGAAAUUCAGCAACUUCAUCCGGCGCCACAGGAUCCGGAGGAUCAAAAGAGAAAGUCCUAAGGCAACGCAAUGAGAUCCAAGACUACAUCGAAGCCCGGUAUUUAUCAGCUUGUGAGUCUAUGUGGCGCACUUUCGCAUUCCACAUACACAAAAGAAAACCAUCCGUUGAAAAGCUUAUCCUUCACUUGGAAGGCGAACAUAAUAUUACGGUUAAAUCAACAGACAACCUCGGCCGUGUAAUCCACAAACCGGGUAUCGAGAAGACGAUGUUCACGGAAUGGAUGGUUUUAUGCAGAAGGUCAGCGUUUGCCCGGACACUGACAUAUGUGCAGAUUCCUGAAUAUUUUGUAUGGAACAACAGUGCUAAGGUGUGGACUGAGCGUAAGAAAGGAAAAUCCAUUGGCCGAGUCGUAGCUGUCCAUCCUUCAGCAGGUGAUCGAUACUACCUGAGGGUCCUCAUUAAUAAGAUUAAGGGUCCUAGAAGUUACGACGAGCUAAAAACAUACAACGACGUGAAAUAUCCUGACUUCAAAUCAGUUUGUCACGCACGAGGCCUUUUGGACAAUGAUGUUGAAUGGCUCGAGAGUAUGUCGGAGGGUGCUCGAACGGCCAGCCCAUACCAGCUUCGUGAUAUGUUCGUCACAUUCCUAAACAACUGCUUCGUUGCAAGCCCUAAAGGACUAUGGGAACAUUCAUGGAAAUCAAUGAGCGAGGACAUACUUCACAAGAGGCAAAGGAUCUUAGGCCACGCGAAUCUGGAACUGGACGAUAAUACCCUGGAGCAAUACACAUUGAUAGAAGUUGAAAAGUUGAUGCGCAUGCAAGAUCGCUCCUUAAACGAUUUUAAGGAUAUGCCGAAGAUCAACCCUGUUUUUCUCAAGGAAUUGGGGAACAGUCUGUGGAACCAGGAAAUGGAUUAUGAUGUUGCGGAGGAAACAUUAAGACAUGACAAGCAGUACAAAUUGCUCAAUGCUGAGCAACUUGCAAUCUAUGAAUCAGUCUUAAACUCUGUUGAUAAGAAAGAAGGAAAAUUUUUCUUUGUAUAUGGCGCAGGGGGCACUGGGAAAACAUUCCUAUACCAGACUAUUAUAUCCAGACUUCGGUCAAGAAAACAAAUUGUUCUACCAGUUGCUUCUUCGGGAAUAGCCGCAUUGCUACUCCCAAACGGGAGAACAGCUCAUUCUCGCUUCAAUAUUCCAUUGAAGCUCGACGAAGAUAAGCUUUGCAACAUCAAACCAGGUACAAUGCUUGCUGAGUUAAUUGAGAAAACAGACCUCAUAAUUUGGGAUGAGGCACCUAUGACACACAAACAUGCUUUCGAAGCAUUAGACAAGUCGUUGAAGGACAUAAUGUCUAUCAAAAAUCCACCCGCAAAGAAUCAGCCUUUUGGCGGCAAAACAGUUAUGUUAGGUGGUGACUUCAGACAGAUCCUACCAGUCAUUCCGCAAGGUAGAAGAGCUGAUACCGUACUAGCUUCGAUAAGCCAUUCAUAUCUAUGGAAUAGCUGCCACAAGUUCUCUUUGAAAACAAAUAUGCGAGUCAAUCAGGAUGAGAAAGAGUUUUCUGAAUGGCUUCUCAGAGUCGGGGAAGGUCGUCUAGGAGAAAAACAAGAAUAUGAGGAGGAUGGGUACCAUGACCAACUCAUAGAUAUCGAUGAAUCAUUGAUUUGUCAAAGUUUUGUUGACCCAUUGAAAGAAGUUGUUGAUGCUGCAUAUGGACAAAUCAGCACCCCUAUGAAUUCCAAGACUUCCUACACCGAUACAGCUAUCCUCACACCCCGUAACGAAACCGUUGAUGAAAUCAAUGCUUAUACCAUCUCACGGACCGACGGGGUAUCAAGAGAUUACUACAGCUCAGACAGCUUUGAGAUAUCAGAUACUACAUCAGAUCAGAAUGAUACACUAUACUCCAUUGAGUAUCUUAACUCAUUGGAAUUCUCGGGUUUGCCUUCCCACAAACUUACUCUGAAAGUUGGUGCCCCAGUUAUGCUUCUCAGAAACAUAAAUCAGAAAAAGGGAUUAUGCAACGGUACGCGGAUGAUCCUAACCCACGUUGGUGAACGCGUUCUGAAGGCCGAGAUCAUCACUGGAUCCCACAUAGGAGAAGAGGUCUUGAUCCCAAGAAUUGUGCUUCUGUAUGAUGAAACAAAAUUACCGUUCACAUUACGUCGGCGGCAAUUCCCUAUCAGAUUGUGCUACGCAAUGACAAUCAACAAAAGCCAAGGCCAGAGUUUAAAAGAGGUCAUCUUAUAUCUGCCUCAGCCAGUCUUCUCUCAUGGUCAACUUUACGUGGCCCUCUCCCGUGUCACAAGCAAAGCAGGAUUAACAAUCAUCAAAACUGAAGAUCCACACCAGCUGAAAGUGAAGAACAUAGUCUACAAAUAAAUAUUCAAAGGGCUUCUUCCCGAGACAGGUAAUUUUAAAUAAAUUAUUUUUCCCUCCCAUCUUUUCCAGAAAUCUGAUAACAUAUUAUAUUCACAGAUUAGCAAUCUCGAAAAUAUCGACCAAGCGAUGAUACAAGCCAAUAAAAAGGGACUUACACAUAGGUUUACCCCAUCUAAACCAGGUACAAAACUUUUAAUAUAAAAAACAAUACUACAAUAUUCAACUAAACUCAUGCUGACUAGGUAUUCUUAUCCAAUUUCAGGUCCUUUAUUGCUCAAGACCCUCAAAAAAACUUCUGAUCUACAAAAGACUUAAUCUGCUUCCUUCAUCAUCUACUUUACUUACAGUUUUUUUUGCUUUUGGACAUUUGCUUAAACUCGAUAUACAACACACUUUUUGCGUUCAUACAAUCAACACCAAAAUUUAAUAUGAUAUUUGGUUCAACAUUUUCACAGACAAAUAACCCGGGCGUAGCCCGGGAACGAACCUAGUAGAAACUAAACUGUAAUUAUUGUGGACGCUUACACAACUUUAUGUUGAAAAAAAAAAAGAAGUGAAAACUAGUAGAAGUUGGGCAUUUGAGUUUAAACUUUUUUUGGGUUACAAAUUGUGUUUGGCCCAAUAAAUGUAAGGUUGAAUUAGGUGAUCAGAGUGGUUGAGUGGCAUAAGAAAAUGCAAUAAGGUCAAAUCAUAUCAAUCUAUCGUUAUACUUUCUUUUUAAAAAAUCCUAGCUUACCUCGACGUGGAUACUCAUUCUUAUGAAUAUAUCACCGAUUCUCCUAAUAAUUUGAUCAACAAAUAAUAAUCCAACAUGGUAUUAAUAUGUGUUGUAACGUGGAUACUCAUUCUUAUGAAUAUAUCACCGAUUCUCCUAAUAAUUUGAUCAACUAAUAAUAAUCCAACAUGGGUAUUAAUAUGUGUGUGUAUAUGUCUGGACAACAGGAAGCGUCAACGAUGACUCGGUCUAAAUACAUGAUAUAUCUAUUCU